ACCAAUAAGAAGCCUUCUCUUUAGUGCGAAGUUAACGUAACCAGGCUUAGUGAAAGGAAGUGUAGUGACCAAGAACAAGUUCCACGUUAGCGUUUUUGUUAUUUAGACGUUUAUUGGCACCGUUGAACUCAAAAUAUGACAUAUGUAACCGCGCUGCACAUACUUACCCCAGGUAGUCUUUAAUUCGCGUUGGAGACGGAACUUGGUUGAUGAUGUUAUCUAGCUAGCUGCUAACGUUCGCUAACAACAAUGGCUGACUGUAUGAUUUUUCACACUCAAAUUGCCUCCAUCAUGGAGAUGCUAGCGAAUACAGCCGUGGCAGAGAUCUGUAAACUCGUAGACGACGACUAUGCAGUGUUUCGUUUGGAAAUAACUCAAAGCCAGAAAGAAAACAGGGGAUUGCGGAGGAAACUACAACAAUUGGAAUUGAAGGUGGCACGGGAGCGCGCAGAGAGGACAAUACGAGAGCGCGUCCUCACCAGUCGUCCCAGUAGUGUCAAGAUCCUUGACCGAUGCAGAGGAAUGGCAAGAGGUGAAGGGCCUCUCACUGGAGGCCACAGGAACUUUGUGAAGCCAGCAGGACACAAUACAUGGAGAGAUGACCAACCAAUCACUGUUGAUGAGGGGAGUGGAACCUCAACCCAGCACAUUAUUGUGAUAGAGUCUUCAGAUGCAGAGGCUGCAGGUCCUGGGGUCAAGCUGGAGAUGUCUGAAGGAGAGGUGGAACCACAGGACAGCAGAGACAUCCAGACUGGAGCAAUGGCUGGAGUGGCGCACCCUGUAGUCACUGAGGACCUCGCCACCGCUGCAGCGGCCCAGACCAGGAUCGGACGCAGCAUCACGGAGGAGGAGGGUCCAGAGGUGCUGCUGGUGAAGGAGGAGGGCUGUGAGGAAGGUCUGGGGAACCCAGAGGGGACCAUGGUCGUAGAGGACAACCAGACUACACCACCACCUGAACCCACAGAGGAACCAGCUGAGCAGCACAGGACCACAUACAGUCUCACCAAGUCAGUAGACAUGGAGGAUGGGAAGCCUGAUCUGCUGCUGGUCAAAGUGGAGACAAUAGAAGACGGACCAGAGAGCAUUGACCUGCUGAGUGGAUUAAAGAUGGGGGAGCAAGGUGGUUGGCUGGAGGCUAACAGAGGAGACUGGGAAGCCAUCUUGGAUUCCCAGACCCAGACUGGUGCAGCCAAGGGCCCAGGGGACAACAUCACUGAGCAGGCCAGGACCAGAGGUGACAUAGUGGAGUCUGCAGUCCAUGAGGAUCUGCUGAUAUCCAGUGUUGUUGGUGUGAGAGACUGGACCUCUGAAACAGCUGGUCACAAACCCUGGCACCGGAUCAGAACCCUGGAUCAGGAGCCUUCGCUCUUACUUCCCGAGUCAGAACCGGGACCGAACCACGAAGGACAGAGACUCCACCACCACGCAGAACACAACCAGUGGACAGGUGGAUUGAAUAUCCUAAGUCCUGGUGGUCAUCAGAGAGACCAAGGAUCCAGUCUGCAGCCCAGAACCUUCUCUUCACAGACUCAGUGCAGGGAUGAAGCAGGGCCUGGGGCUGAUAGAGAUAGACCCUCCUGUUCCUAUGAUACAAACACCACAGUAUCCAUGAUGAACAGAGCAGGUCACCCUGGGCGUCAGCCUUCAGAGAGAGUGGUGGGAGAUCCAUCUGGUGGUAGUCUAUCAGCAAGUCUGUCUUCUCCUUCAGGAUCUUGUCUAAUUCCUGAUGAUUGGGUUCAUAGUAAGCCUGGACCUGGGUCUAGCCUUCCUCAGCUACCUCAUGGUUACCCCAUGAAUACAGACAAGGUCAGGAUGGGUGUUCACCACGAGAGGUACCUAGCCUAUAACACAGCAGACAAUUCUAACAACACCCAAACAAUGGCUAGAGGUCAAGGACGGAGCUCAAAUACUCCUGCUUCUACCUUCUCUGGUGUCAUUGGGUCACAACGUGGGGGGCCGAGCGUUAGGACUGAUGCCAACAAGCCGUAUGCCUGCCCCACGUGUGGGAAGUGCUUCGCUGAAGCGUACUAUGUGAAGAUGCACCAGACCGUUCACACCAAGGAGAGGCCCUUCAAGUGCAAACUAUGUUACAAGAGCUUCUCCUUCCUGACUAACCUGAUCAGACAUAGGAGUGUCCACAAUGGGGAGAAAUUGUAGCAGUGUGGCUUGAUGUACACAGGGGAUAUCUGAGAACCAUUCUUUAGCUGACAGAUUAUAGUUAUAAUCAACCACUUACCCUUCAUUAACCCUUUUGUUAACUUGUCAUUUGAAACAGGCUAGUAAAUACCUUGUUUUUAGAGAAAUUGUAAACCUAGGCUAGAACUAGAAGAGUUGAAUAUUUACCUUACUGGAGGUGAUGUAGUCAUAUUAUUUUCUAUUCUGUUCUAGCUAACACUUCUUUCUAAACAAGUGUGCUCUCAGCUUGAAAGAUACUGAUCAUAGGAUAUCUGAUGUGUAAUGUCAUAAGAAGUACCGUAUUUCAAAGAACAGCAAGCAUACCUUUAACAUUUAACCACACCCUUUGGGGUAUGACGCAAACCAAUAAGAUACAUUCUCUUCAGAGUAAACGGAGGUAGGUGGAAAUGGGAAGAGAGGACUCUGACACAAUGGCGGAAACUGAUGUUUUGUUUGAAACUGCUGGCGAGUGAAGAUGACAGUGAGAAUGAGUGGGUUUCACUGGCGAAAAAGAAAGGAAACAAGAGAUGUAAAGUUGUGGUGGACAAUAGGAAACUCUUAGACUGGUUUUUGAUCGGAGUGAGGGUUUUGGACCAAUGGAACCUGGGAGAUCCAUUUGAACUGGCGUCAGAGUCACAAGAAGAGGGGUUAUUUAGUUGUUUUUUUGUGUGUUGAGAAAUGACAGGUGUCUCAGUCAAUGAGAGAAGACUUGAAAUAGACAAGAUGGCGGCGUACACAUUGUAUUUAUUUUAAUAACAGAGCAUUUAUCUCAAUUCAAACGGACCCCUUGCAACUGGACACAUCCUGUUUCCACGAAUUGAGGACGAAGAAAAGUAUCUGUGCUACACCACACAGUACCUAUCCUGUAACACCCAUUAAUGGAUACCACAAGUAUUCGGAUGAGUCACAUCUGGUGUAACAAUCUGUAGCUAAGGAUGUACAAGGAAUCCUGUACAUUAAGGUACUGCCCUCACAGGCCCCUGAACCUGUGUAUGGAUUUGAUUUGGAUUGGACUGUGAGUGACUAAAUAAGUGGGGUGGUUUUAAUUGAUCUAUAUUUGUAUUUCGUGUAUUGUCACCCCUGUGGUCCACACAGGCAGAGGCUGUUCACCUGUACACACAGCGGGAAGAGGUACUCAGAGAGGAGCUACCUCAGGAUACACCAGCAGAAAAACCAUUCCACUCUAUAACAUAGAAAGUAACCAUUCCACUCGAUAGCUUCUGACAUUUAGAUCAAACCCUGCAUUAAAGACAGAUGAAUGUUCAUUGUUGUCAUCAAAAGGAAACCGCACACUACUCUUGAUAGUAUCACUGCUAUUUAUUAAGCUUACGUGUCGGCCUUCGUCAGAGCUUUUGUGAUUUAAAAAAAAAGUGCACUUUUCUUUAAAAAACAAGGACACUUCUAAGUGACCCCAAAUUUAUGAACGGUAGUGUAAGAGUGACCAACUCUUUGUGUCUUGGGCAUCCCCCUGUAAGUGCUGAUCUAGGACCAGAUUUGCCUUUUAAAUCAUAAUGAAUAAGACAAUUGAUCCUCAAUCAGCACUCCUACUCUGACCCUUUGUGGAUACAGGCCAAGGUCUUCAAUAAUUUUUAGUGUGGGACCACACCUUUUGAAUUAUCAAACCAUUUAAGUGUCAAGUAAUCAAAUUAACUAAGACAUUUUGCAUAGUAUCAAAUCAACUAACAUGAGGUUCUCAGAGGGGAGCUACCUCAGGAAACGCACACGGCCCAUGUAUAGAGUGAUAUGUAGUACUAGUUUAUUUGUAGUUCAUUCUGGUGGAUUUGGAUAUUGUAUGGAACUGAAUGAGGUGAACUGAGGAAAGAAUGAGUAUGAUGAUAUGACAACUAUGUCCCUUUAGGUUGAUACUGGUGUUUUAUAGUGAGAUAAUGAUAGUGCCUUAAUUCAUGUUUUCUUGACAUGAAGUAGAGAAGCUGUGUGUAAAAUAAUGUUGAACCUUUUCCAAAGUAUUCUAAAAUUCAUUCUUUCAAAGUGAGGGUACCAGAUUUACAGAAAAGGUAGUGUUGCCAUAGUGUCACAUAUCAGUCUGUUCAAUAAAAGUACUGUACUUCACGUUAUGUGAUUGUAUGACCAUUUUGUCGAAAUUAAAUACAAAAUUGA